AGAAAUAAAAAAUCAAGGUGAGUGGUUCCGAGUCUUUGUCUGUUCUAUAUAACUCGUUCUGACCCAGUUUCUUCUCUCAUCUCUCUCUCUCUUUCUCUCUCUCUUUCGAUCUCUAGCCUUUCGUUCGGAGACUCGUAGCCACCGCUCUUGUAUCAGUCCUGAUCAUAAACCAAAGGAUUCCUUGGUCACCUGUUCACUUCCAACAGCCAAGUUUCAUGUCUGAACUCGACGAUCAGAUUCCUACUGCUUUUGAUCCCUUUGCUGAGGCAAAUGCUGAGGACUCGGGCGCCGGGACCAAAGAGUAUGUACAUGUGCGUAUACAGCAGCGUAACGGGAGGAAAAGCUUGACUACUGUGCAGGGAUUGAAGAAGGAAUACAGCUAUAACAAGAUACUAAAGGACCUUAAGAAAGAGUUCUGCUGUAAUGGUACUGUUGUCCAGGAUCCUGAGCUAGGCCAGGUUAUACAACUGCAGGGAGAUCAAAGGAAGAAUGUUUCCACCUUCCUUGUGCAGGCUGGCAUUGUGAAGAAGGAGCAUAUCAAGAUUCAUGGUUUUUAGUGUCUACACAAGCCUAUAUACGGGCUUCUAUAUGUAGUUUAUAUGUUAUAAUUGGCACAUGAGUAGCAUAUAGUUUAAGAUCCAAACUUUAGACAUUAGCUAUACUACUACAUCUACUUACGUUCAAACAAGAACCCAUCAUCUCUGUUAAUUUUCUGAUUCUGCUACUUGCCGUGUUAUGUGGAAGGAUUAUGGAUUGUACUACUAUGAACCCUUUAUCCAUGCUAAUAAUGUCAUGUUUUCUAUA